CUGGGAUCAAAGUCCGAUAGAGGGGGAUUGUCAGGACACUCACAACAAGUCCUGACCCAGAGACCGGACGCUUGAUACGGAGCCUACAAUAAGACCAAAAUAAAGGACAGAACACUCCGAUAAGAUGGACACGACAUCUUCAUUGUUCAAGUCAGUUACCAGGCGGGUGUGGUCUCCGCCCCAGCGGCCCUUCCGGGUGUGCACCCACACCCGGGACACAAGGAAGGGCGUCACAGCAGGGACCCUGGAGGAGCUGCGGGAGCGGGCGUGUCAGUCCCUGCUGCUGGCGCUGUCGGCCGUGUCCGUGGUGCUGGUGUGUGAGGAGGACGGCACCGAGGUGGACUCGGAGGAGUUCUUCAUGGCGCUGCCGGACAACACCGUGCUCAUGACCCUAGAGGGUGGCCAAACAUGGAAGCCAAUACCGGGUGCAGUCGUCAGUCAAUACCAAGGCAGCAACAAAAAGCCACGCAACGGAAAAGACAUUGCCCGCGUCACCUUUGACCUGUACAGGAUACACCCCAAGGACGUCUUUGGGUCUCUGAGCGUCAAUGCCACCUACCGGGGCCUGUACUCCAUCGGUGCUGACUUCCAGUGCCUGGGGCCCAAGAAAAUCCUCAGGGAAGUUCUGAGGGUCGCCUCCACUCUGCUGCAGGCCGCCGGACACCUGCUCAUCACCUCGGCCUCCAUGAUCCGCCGCAUCAUCGAAGGGGCGGAGCUCUGGCAGCCCCAGAGGGAGGGCGAAUAUACAGCCAAUUGGAACUGAGCAUUGCUAAGGGGGAGGUUUUUAGUGAAUGAACCUUGAAGCCUUCAAUUCUAGGAGAAGGUACGUUGGUUCAACAGUGACCGGGCCAUUGCUCGGAGAAGGGGCAAACACAUGUUUAUCUAAUCAUGACAGUGAUUAGAGGCAGUGGCAUGCGUCCAGGUCCAUAAUUAUCUUAACGAGCUACACUUGUUGUUGUUGGUUGGCUCAUCAUCUUGCUAGGAAUUGGACUAUAAUUGGUUUGUUGGUUAUUCAGUAUAGCUUUAGAGUUAUAGAAAUGUCGUAUGCUCUGUGACUUUUCCAAAGCCCAUGGCAUCUUUCUGAUAUUUUUAUCCUUAUGACCCAAUUGACAAUCGUAUGUUUUUUAUGUUUGGGAAGUCAAGUUAAUUUCUAACAGAAUAUAACUUCCUAGCAGAAGACUGGCAUUCAAGUCUCAUUGCAUUUCUGUUAUUUUGUAUAUUAGGAAUUAUGAGUGAUGUUUUCUAAUCUGUGGUGUAAAAUAAAAAGAGCAAAUGUUU